UGCACUUAGCUGAGCACUCUACUCUUAUGAAAGAGGCAUAAGGAGCUACUGGGAGCCAUAGAAAAAAAUCCCUGAAGGUUGUUUUUUUUUUUUUUAACCCCAGCUCAACUAAACCAGAGGCAUGAGUAUGAAAAUAAUGAACCGGGACAUAUCAAAAGUUAGUGAGGUCUAUAAAAGGGAGCCAUCGUUGUUACACUUCUACCCAAGGAUUUUAUUUUCAUUACUCUUGUAGCUUCGUUUUGAAGUCCUCUGUGAGCGACUUAAGCUCCGAGGUAAUUUGUGUAAACAUAUUGACUGGUUUGAUGGAUUUUACUUUCCUCUCUGAACCUCUGAGGGUUGAGGGGAGCUUCCACCGAAACUUGACAAAUGAUCAGUGAGGACAUCUCACUCCCUGGCGACACGUUGUGCUCACAGGUGAGAGCAGGACAGCUCAAACUGUGGCCUCUGUGGACGCAACUCGUUCUGUGGAGAGAAACAGCUGCUGCUUCAGGAGUGAAUCUCACCCUUUUCCUGUUCUCACAAAUGUUCCAAACCUUCAGGGAGGUUUUUCCUGGAAGAGUUGAAGGAGCUACAGCUGUAAAAAAGAGGCCCAACAUCACAAUAGUGCUUAAUAAGGACAUCAAUGCUUCGCUGCACAAGAAUGUCCAGUCGUCUGGAGUGAGGUGGGGGGAAGAGACAGAGGAGAGGUGGGAAGGAGGACAGAGGAGAGGUGGGAAGGAGGUGAUGAUCCUUCGGGGGAGUUUUUGACCUGGUGUGGCAAGAAAAGAGAAAGGCAUUUUCUCCUUUCACUCAUCCGUUUACAAGGAGUUUUUUUUUAGCCAGCCUCUGACGUUAUUCAGCUACGCUAGAAUAAUCUGAAGAGCUUCAUCCUAACCACCAAUGAGGGUCUCAGACGUCCAGCUGGAUCCUGCAGUCUUUAUGUCAAACAAUCCAAGACAAGUCCGCUCACCAGCUAACGGAUUGUCAGUAGCUGACCCAGGAGUGAUGAAGGUACAACUUGUUGGAUGCAAAACAAACUGCUCAGAGAAGGACCAAAAACAGGGAGUGACUGAUUCCUCAAGAAUGAAACCGUCUUCCUCAGAGCUUUCCUACAGGGUGUGCAUCCAUCGUGAGAUGCCUCUGAGGUCCUGUAGCUCUGCCGUGUUUUUGGACAAGUCGCUUUGCAUUUCGCUCGCAGAACUUGCAGCAGGAACACGAGGAGUUCAAGCACCUCUGCACAGGUCUGCCCUGACUUGUCAGCUGGGUGUGCAAUCUCUCUUUGGAUCCGCCGCAGAUAAGAAAACAGCCAAAACAAAGGAGGCGUGCAGAAGAGGUAACUUCAACAGGUGCAAUGGCCAAGAGCAGAGACCGGAUCACAGGGGGAGCCCUCUAUCAAAGCGUCGUGGACUCAGGGCCAAUCAAAAGGCACCUGCUUGUGGCGCCAACAGUAAGGAUGAUGACUCAGAAAAGCAGCGCCGCAGCACUUCUUUGGGAUUGUCAUUCAGAGAGCCAUCUGCCUCGAACACAAAGGCUGCAAAGCAGAAGGGGAAUGCAAAUAAGGCAGCCUUCUCUGCUCUGAGCAAUUUCAGGCACAUGCAGCACACGUUCACUUAUAGCCCAGUAGAUUCAGGGAGCAUGAUGAGCAAGCAAGGAGAAAGUCAAAAGACAGAUGAAGAACAAGAAGGAGGCAAAUCCACAGAACCUCAGAUAAUUUCCACUUGUCGUCACCGCUCACCACUGAAGAACGAUUCUGUGGGAGGCAUUCUUAAAACCCUGAGUCUGAAAGAGGCGUUAGAGCUUUUUAGACCAGACUUCAUCAGCCGAUCACAGGGUCGGGUCAGAAGCUUAGAGCAGAAGGCCAGGAGAAGGAAAGCUCUGCCGGACUCAAAUUUAGCCCUGGGCCUAACAGAAGAUCAAGGCAAGCAAAAGAGGCACUGCACUACACCCGAUCCACUUAGUGAUAACCUUUUCAAGCCGAGAGAGCGGUCUAUAUCAGGCAGAGAGAUGCAGCUCAGGUCCAGACGGAUUUACAACAAGCUGCCGGAGGUGACAAAGAAAAAGGAGGAGGAGAAAAAACGGGCUAUAUCUCAAACCAACAGACUGAGAGCAGAGGUCUUCAAAAAGAGAGUUCUGGACCAGAUUCUGCAAAGAUGAACUCAACCUCAUCAGGCGCCACCUUCAUUUAAAAACACUGACUGCAUAUGGGUGGUGUCUAUUGAAUGUCCAGUGUUAGUUGGCUCUUGUUGCAAACGGUUAAACAUGAUUUUGUUUGCAUUGUUCCCAAAAUCUCUUGUAGCUGUUUGGUGGGGACUAAAUCUCUUGUAGCUGUUUGGUGGGGACUGGUUAUCCAGAUCUGAAAAUGUUUCAGAUUCAAAACCAUAAAAAUCUUAGAAGAAUUUAAACAGUUAUGGUGUGUAAAUUAAAAGUGUGCUGUCUAUUUCUAUCACUAAAGUAAAACUGUUAAAACCUAGAGAAGACAAAAUAUGGGUGGCAUGUUUGAUAAGCAGCCGACUGCAGAUAGUUUGAACAUUUUUGCAUUCGUUUUUCUAUCAACAUUUAAAAUCACUCUAAAUAACCGAUGUAAGGAUCUAUUUAUAUAUUCUUUUAUUUUAGCACAAUUAGGAGCAAUUGUUGCUUCUUUGUUUUGCAUAAAAGCAUUUAGAUCAUGUAAUGCAUUUUAUUGUUAAAUAUUAAUAUUAAUGCUAUGAUGUAGCAGAAACAUUUAUUCAAGGUAAAGUAUUUAAUCGAUGAAACUUUUCUGGCAUCGUUUUGUGUCAACAACUUUCACAGAAUGAACUGUCAAUGCCUGUUAGAGGUUUAGAUGAAGCAUAUGAUCUUAACCUUUCAAAUGUGAAUGAUAAAUCGCUAGUAAAACCAUUUGCAAAUAACUCGAUGUUUAAAAAUAAGUUUUCAUCAACGUUAUGCUCUUCAUAGUUGUGCAAGUGUAAGAAGACACAAUAAAAAGGGUAAAAGUUGGUUUUGACCUGAGCCACCUGACUUUAUCAGCGGGACAGCUUUGUCCUUGACGUGAGGGAGCCUGACCGUGUUUCAUCAUUGGCUUCACGUCUGUUUCAAGGCCUCUGCGAGCACCAAUCUGGAACGAUGGCAUUUCAAGCUAAUCGAACUCAUGAGACACAUGUGAAGAAAAAGGUCAUAUGUCACAGAGCUCCAAACCAAAGAUGACUCUGUUAUAGGAGAGGAGGAUCCUCUCCUCCAGUGCAACCCGGGAGUUUGAUCGGCUUAUAGUCUGUCAGGGUGACAAGCAUUUUAAAACGUGCUCACUGGGACCUGGAGAGAGUUAAAACAAACACACCAUAAACAUCUAAGGUGGGGCGACAAACCUUUUGUGAACCUCAAAAACUACGACAGUAAAUAAAGCUGUAAUAUAAAAAAGACUGCCUGGUGUGUUGAAAGCUUUCAUUUCCAUCUCUUGGCCAUGGCAAAGAACAUUAAUAUGUGUUCGUGUUUCUCCUUCCAGUGUUACCAAGAAAUCUGUUUGGGAUCGCUCCACAUUGGGUUAGCAAUUUUUGUGUUGCCAUGUAGGCAGGUUUCAGAAGCUGAACACUGACUGACAAGAGUUAUAUCUGAGAAGACAGGCUCUUGUCAGUCAGCUUCCCUCUCUCUGAGGAAUCAUGUGUCUGUAUGUCACAUUACUGUCUCUGCAUAUUGUGGACUGUGCUCCUUGGUCCCUCCACAAG